ACUAAAUCGUAGCUUUUACAUUUUACUGUUACUUAUAUUGCAUCAUUUCAACAUUACAUUUCUUAAAGUCAUUGAAAACCUUAUAGUUGCUUUCAAAAAACUAAAAUAAAGUAGGUACUCAUCAACAUGGCAUCAAAUAAUCAAUUUGUAACAUUUAAUAAUGGUGAAAAGUAUCCAAUUUUAGGAUUUGGAACAUGGAAGUCAAAACCCGGUGAAGUUGAAGAAGCAGUGAAAAUUGCGAUUGAUACAGGUUACAGACAUUUUGAUUGUGCAAUGUUUUAUGGAAAUGAAAAAGAAAUAGGAGAUGCUAUUAAUCAGAAAAUUGAUGAAGGUGUAGUAGUUCGUGAAGAUUUGUUCAUUACUAGUAAAUUAUGGAAUAUUUUUCAUCAACCUGAUAUUGUUGAAACAGUGUUAAAAAAAACUUUAUCAGAUUUACAAGUUGAAUAUUUGGAUUUGUACUUGAUUCACUGGCCUAUGGCUUUCAAAGAGGGCGGAUUAAAUGAUGAUUUUAUUCCCAAAGACGAUAAUGGUGCCACAAUUGAAGGUAAUGGUUCAUACAUUGAUACAUGGAAAGCUAUGGAAGAAUUGGUAGAAAAUGGUCUAACAAAAUCAAUAGGUGUAUCUAAUUUUAACAAAAAUCAAAUACAACAAAUAUUAGAAGUAGCUGCUAUAAAACCGGUUAACAAUCAAGUUGAAUGCCAUCCUUAUUUAACCCAAAAAAAAUUGAAAGAAUUUUGUGACGAACAUGAUAUAAUAUUAACUGCAUAUAGUCCACUAGGAAGUCCAGAUAAUCCAUGGAAAAAACCUGAAGACCCAACUCUCUUAGAAGAUCCAAAAAUUAUGGGCAUCGCAGAAAAAUAUAAUAAAACUUCAGCUCAGAUAUUAAUAAAAUAUCAAAUUCAAAGAGGAAUUAUGGUUAUUCCAAAAUCUGUAACUAAGAUUCGUAUUGAAUCCAACUUUGAAGUAUGGGACUUCGAACUUGAACAAGAGGAUAUUGAUCAAAUCGAUACAUUUGAUUGCAAUGGUCGCUUCGUACACAUGAAAGGGAACAUGCAUUUUAAGGAUUAUCCAUUCAAUGAUGAUUAUUAAAUUAACUGUAACUCGGUAUUUUAUAAGAUGCACAUUAACACAUUUUAUCACUAUAAUAGGUAUAACUAUAAUUAAUAGUUUAAUUUAAAUACUUUCUAAUAUCUUACUUAACCUACUACAAUAAAAAAUAUAUAUAUGUUAGUAUUGUAGGAAUACAUUUUUGGAAUUUAUUGUGUUUCUUUUUUUUUAAUACUAUCAGUAUGCAAGGUAAAAUAAGUAGGUACUUAGUUAGUAUAAUAAAAAUAUUUAAAUUUUAUUUUUAUUUUAUGAAUAUAUUAUAUUUUUCAAAAAAAUAGUAAAAUUUCAUACAGAAAUCUGAAUUUGUAAUACAAUAAAAUGAGUGUAUCUAUGAUGAUUCGUAUGCUCUUCACUAUUAGAGUAUUUUGUAUGUGAGCAUUUUAGUUUUUUCUUAUACCUGCGAGAUACAGACAUGGACCGGAACUGGUUAUAGUGUAAGGAGCAACUUGCCAUACUUAAUCUGGCAUGAUUACAAUACACUCAUUAGUAUUUAGGUUAAGCCGUAGAUUAUCAGACGUAAAAAACUCUAAUAUAGUGAUAAUGAUGACGAUAUUAAUAAUUAAUAUAUUAAUAGUGAUUUUAUUUAUGAUGUUUAAAUAAAUUAUUUAUUGACUGAAAA